AUGGUUUCACGUUUUCUUAACGAUGGUGAAAUGGAGUACCUUACGGAAAGUUCGGUCGAUAUGGCAGAGUCGGAUUCAUGCGUUAGCGAAAUGAAUCCUAGACCUGCGCAAAUGUGCACAGUUGGCGAGGAUGAAAUCCCGGUAUUUGUUGAGGACUCAUUCAACGCAAAGGUGGGCAAUAAUCCUGACCAACAAGAGCACAAACACUACAGCCCGCUUACGCCCAAGCCAAAAGGUGACGAUUCAAUCGAAUUGCUACCACCACGACGCUACUCUUUGCCUGGAAUUGCGGAGGAAGGCACAAUGAUGCCGGGGAACACAGCAAAAGGUUAUCUUCUUCUUCGCCAAAAGUGUUCAGCGCAAAAGAAGGAGUUAAUUAAACUGCGGGAUAAGUUGCGUGCAGCUAACGAAAAUUGCGUGGAGUUGGUUCAAGCUAAAGAACGUCUGCAGGCAGAACUGAUUGCAUCGGAGAAGGCACGAAGUCAUCAAGCGACACUCUUGUCUCGUACCAUCGUUGACAAGGAGGUCAUCCAGUCUGAGGCCAAAGCUUGUGAGCAGGAGCUUGCCGAUGUCGAGGAAAAGAUUAAGGAGCUAUCGCAAGAUAUCCAUGCAAAGGAAACGAGGAUUGCUGAGUUGGAAGGCAACCUAUCAAGGACCACCAUUGAGCCCAUUGCUGCUACAAUUAAGUACCGUUUUUUUGUUUUUAAAGAUGAGCUACUCAACUGUCGAGAUGCGCUCGAGAAAUCUGAAGCAAAAAUGGAUGACUUGGGUGCGUCUUUUGAAGAUUUUCUACGCGAAAGAGAAGAGCGACUACUUGCUAAAUUGCAAGCUACUAAUGAUGAGGCUGAGGCUGAAAAGCGCCGUCUGAUGAAUGAGUUGGAAUCACUCAGACUUUCUCACGAGGAGGAUGUGCGGGUAAGAACUAGGAAGGAAAUAGCCAGACAAGAAGCCGACGCAAGAACAAUACUCCAAUUGCAAAGAGACCUGGCGCAGUUGAAAGAGCAGCUUGAGGCUCAAAAUGGAGAAAUGAGCAACAUGAAAGACCAGAAUGAAAAGCUUAUGGAGGAGCGCAAUAGCCUGCAAAACACGACACAAGAAACAAGAACGCUCUUGGCCAAAUUCGAGUCGGAUGCUGCUAAGGAGAGGUCGAAGUCGGAGAAAUUGGAGGCAGAACUGAUCGCCUCUCGGAUUGCCCUCGCGAAUUCCGAGAGAGCAGCCCAUGAAUUAAGUCUGGAGAGGGACAUUGCCUUGGAAAAAAAUGAAAGCUCUGCCAAGCGCUUCGAGGCAAUGCACGCAGAGAUAGCUGAACUUAAAGCCAUAAUCCAGAACUCAAACCAGAAAAUCAGUGUUCUUGAGGAAAAUAACCGAGAAUUUGAGAAAAGGAACGCGUCUCUUCAAAAACGACUUAAACAAGCAGAGGAGGAGAAGGACGAGGCCGAAGUGGAAACUAAACGCCUGGAGGACAAGAUGACCACGAUCAAGAAAGAAAAACACGACCUUGAAACUACACUUAAGGAGAUGCGAGCUAGAAUGGCCGACUUGGAACACAAGAACAUGUCUGUGGAUGGGGAGGUAAAGGAACUGCAGCUCUGCUUGGCCAGAACUGAAAAAGAGAGAGAGGCCAAUCAAGCCGCGUUGGUUGAGGGCCUUCGAAUGGUUGGCAUUCCCACCGCAGAGUGUCGAGAGACAGCAGCUCCGGUCACCCAUAGAAAGUCCGACGAGAAGAACCCAGAUCAAGGAGGCCGCUCGCGGUGGAAGCGCGGAGGAUACGUGCUGAACUUCGCCAAAGCAGCUCAGUCGUUCCUGAACAAAAUCAUGUCAUUGGAAUCGGAGAACUCGAAGCUGCAGAGUCGAUUGAUGACUCAAGACGCGCACCUAUCGGACCAGAGAGCACAGGCCACGUGCCUCAACGACACUCUUCUCAAACUGGAGGAACACCUGCGCAGGGCACGAGAAGAAAACAAGCAAAUUUCGCUGGAAUGCACCAAAGUGAAGAAGCAACUUGAAAGUCACAAGUUGGCUCUCUCUAAAUACCGCGAUGCCAAGCACGCAUUGCAGGAGAAACUUGCCAGACGUGAAGAAAUGUUGAAGCACGCAAGCACCGGGCCAAAAAACGAUGUGGAAUUCGACAAAUACGCCAAACUGACAGUGAACUUUGAAAAGGCGAGAAGUGUUAUCCAGGAACUCAAUUCGAGGCAGAAAUUACUGAAGGACCAGCUGGAUGAAGCCAAGGCCGUUCUUGCUAAAUAUGAUGUUGAUUACAGAGGACCAUCGGAAGUAUGCAACGUCCCGCAACCGCGUCAACAAACUAAGGAACCAGAGCCCAAAAAACGCUCAACGUCUCUUUUCGCGAAAAAAGCUUCGGCCAUUGUGACCGAGUCGCUAGACAGUGAGGGUCACCUGUGUGCGGAAUCCUUCCGAACGCAUCUUCGCAAGGCGCUGAAUGUUUCUAACCUCAGAAGCCCUGAUCGGUCACAUCAAGAGCACGAUCCACAGCCAAGAGAAAGAUCAACCGUUCCAAGGUACAACGGCGACGGCGCCGACAACUACCAAUGA